AAUAACAAAGAUCCACUCACUCUGCAUUUCAUUCAGCUUCUCUCCUCCGGUCGCAAGACAAAAGAAUUGGGAAUUUUACUUGCUUCUCUCUCAGGAUUUGCCGUGUUUUGAAUUCCAGUUUUGAGCAACUUUGACAUAACUUUUGUGUCGCAGUUAAUUGCUUCAGUUAUCAUUAUGAUGGACGACGAGAGAACCCGUCUUCAACUCGAUAUUCAACGACAGUAUGUGGAGUUUUUGGAUGACUCGAAUGACUCAAAAGUUUACACCAAAAAGAUUGAGGGAAUGAUUCGGAAGAAAGAGACCAGGGUCAUCAUUAACAUCAACGACUUGCGGCAAAGAUUUCCUAUCCGAUGUAACGAAUUACUGAAGAAUGGGUUUGACGAACUUCCAAUGGUGAUGAAAGCACUGCGGGAAGUUGUCGCAACAAUUGAUUCCGAGUAUGCCAAAGAGAACGAGGAAUUCUUUGUUGGAUUUGAAGGAAGUUUUGGAACGAAGCAUGUUACUCCUCGCAGUUUGACAUCUACGUAUUUGGGAAACAUGGUGUGCGUAGAAGGAAUCGUUACUAAAUGUUCCAUUAUUCGUCCAAAAGUUGUUAGAAGUGUGCACUAUUGUCCUGCUACAAAAAAAACGAUGGAGCGUAGGUACGCCGAUCUUACAAAUUUUGACGUCUUCCCCUCCGUGAAUAUGUACCCUACGAAAGAUGAGGAUGGAAAUCUUCUUGAGACGGAGUAUGGACUGUCGAAAUACAGAGAUCAUCAAACUCUUACAAUUCAGGAAAUGCCCGAGAAGGCUCCUACAGGUCAGCUUCCAAGAUCCGUUGAUGUGAUUGUGGACAACGAUCUGGUAGAUCAAUGCAAACCGGGAGAUCGAGUGCUGGUGGUUGGAGUUCACCGGUGCCUCCCUGGCAAACAAAAUGGAUUUACCAAUGGAGUUUUCAAGACUAUCUUGCUGGCAAAUCAAAUUACCAUGAUGUCAAAAGACGCAAAUCUUGACAUAACUCGUAGUGAUAUUAGCGAAUGCAGGAAGUUCUCAAAAACUUUUAAUCCAUUUGAAGUCUUGGCUCGCUCCUUGGCCCCCACUAUUCACGGACAUGAAUAUAUAAAAAAGGCUGUGUUGUGCCUGCUUUUGGGAGGCGUCGAAAAAAUCUUGCCUAAUGGAACCCGAUUGAGAGGGGACAUUAAUGUUUUGUUAAUUGGAGAUCCAUCGGUGGCCAAAUCCCAAAUGUUGCGUUAUGUUUCUAAUGUCGCUCCUCGAGUAGUAAUGACUACUGGCCGUGGAUCUUCAGGAGUGGGAUUAACUGCUGCUGUGACCACAGAUAUGGAGACUGGAGACCGUAGAUUGGAAGCUGGUGCUAUGGUCUUGGCAGAUAGAGGAAUUGUAUGCAUUGAUGAGUUUGACAAGAUGAGUGACGCAGACAGAACUGCAAUACAUGAAGUAAUGGAACAAGGUCGAGUUACAAUUGCAAAAGCUGGUAUUCAUGCAAGACUCAACGCUAGAACGGCAGUACUUGCGGCUGCUAAUCCAGUUUACGGGAGGUAUGACGAGUACAAGUCACCUAUGGAUAAUAUCGGACUGCAAGACUCACUUUUGUCUCGAUUUGAUCUACUGUUUAUCGUUCUGGACGUUGCCGAACCUGAUCUUGAUAGGGCCAUCUCUGAGCAUGUUCUCAGAAUUCAUCGUUACCGUAACCCUGCUGAACAAGACGGAGAAGCUACACCUUUAUUCCAGAAAGACCAAACUCUUAGUACCCAAGACAUGGAGAAAGAGAAACUGGAAAAUACAGAACCGACGAGUGUUUAUGAAAAACAUAAUGAAUUGCUCCAUGGACCAGCCGGUCGUGGUAGAAAUCGAAAGGAUAAAAUUCUGUCCAUGGAAUUCAUGAAGAAAUAUAUUCACAUUGCUAAAUGUGUCAAACCUAAGCUCACCUCUGAAGCUGCAAAAAUAAUUGCCGACGAGUAUGCAAGCCUCAGAUCACGUAAUCUUGAAGAGGACCAUAUGGCUCGAACUCAGCCAAUCACUGCUCGAAGUUUGGAAACCAUGAUUCGUCUCGCUACUGCUCAUGCUAGGGCACGAAUGUCUAAAGACGUGACAAAGGAGGACGCCCUGGUGGCAAUAGAACUGGUUCAAUUUGCAUACUUUAAACGAGUACUUGAGAAAGAGAAGCGGAAAAGGAAACAACGGGAUGAGGAAGAUGAGGAAAUGGAUGUGGAGGAGGAAAGUCCUGCUGAUGAAGGGGAAGAAAGAGGAGAAAAUGGGGACGAUUCUCGACGAAGUAAACGUUCCAAGAAAGACGCCUCCAGGGAAGACGAUCCUUAUGAUCUUCCAACAGAGGAAAACGAAACUCUAGCGGAGCUAAAAAAGAAAGCAAGUGGUACUUCUCAAUCUCAAGAUUCAAUGGAUGUUGAUGCUCCUGAGGAAGGAUCAAUUUCUGAUGAGCGAUAUGGACAGUUUAAAACUCGACUCUCUGUCUUGUUCACAAACGAGCGAGAAGAAUCGCUGUCAGUUGAUAAAAUUUUUGAAUUCAUGGGAAAGCCACCACAAGACUUUAACCGGAACGAAAUUAAUGGUGGACUCAAGAGAAUGGAAGAUGAUGAAAAGAUUUUCCGAGCUGAAGGAUUUAUUUUCCUAGUUUAACUUGUAAUUUACAACUUGCAAACAAUUCUAUUUGUAUUUUAUAAAAUAUGUGGUAAAUAUUUAAAUGAAACUACACGCUCUUGACAAACCUGUACAAACAUUGUUUAUGAGUAAUUUGCGGUAGAACUGCAAACAUUAUUUAAUAAAAGUCUAAACAAAG